CGCCUGUCGGGCUCAGUCGGGCGCCGGCCUCUGGCAGCGCCGGUCGCUCAUGGGCCGCGACAGGUAACGCGGCAUGCGGCCCGCGCUCGCCGCGCUCGCGGCCUGCUGCGUGGUAGCGCGCGCCGAGCUACCCUCCGCGCGCCUCGCCCCGCGCAACACCACCCCCCAACACGUCCUACAAUGCUCCGAGGGCCUCGUCCUCCCAACUUGGAAACCUCUCGAGGAUGUCCCAACUUUGGACAUCGCCCUCCGCGGCGUCGUCUACUUCCUCGCCCUCAUGUAUCUCUUCAUCGGUGUCUCCAUCGUCUCCGACCGAUUCAUGGCAGCCAUCGAAGUUAUCACUUCCAGAGAGAAAGAGGUGCGCGUACGACGCAACGGUAGCGAUCAAAUCAUCGUCGUUAGAGUUUGGAACGAGACUGUUGCCAACUUGACACUCAUGGCUCUUGGAUCUAGUGCACCCGAAAUCUUGCUCUCAGUUAUCGAGAUAGCCGGAAAGAACUUCGAAGCUGGUGAUUUAGGGCCUGGCACCAUCGUUGGCUCUGCUGCAUAUAAUUUAUUCGUGAUUAUGGCUAUUUGUGUCGUGGUAAUACCUGACGGAGAGGUACGGAAGAUCAAACAUCUAAGAGUAUUUCUCGUGACUGCAACAUGGUCGAUUUUUGCUUACGUCUGGCUCUACCUUAUCCUGGCUGUGAUAUCACCCAGCGAAGUUGAAGUUUGGGAGGGCGCUGUAACAUUCCUUUUCUUUCCGGCGACUGUACUCACGGCUUACAUCGCCGAUAGGCGCUUGCUCGUCUACAAGUAUCUGAAGAAAGGAUAUCGCGUGAAUGAGAGAGGUGUAAUUGUGGAAGCAGAAGGCGAUGGUUCCGUUGAAAUGGCGCUAAAACCAAAUAGCACCGAUGAUUUUGCAUCUGAUGAUGAAGAGGGACGAGAAAUAGAAAAAUCAAGAAAAGAAUACGUUUCUGUUCUGCGGGAGUUAAGGAGACAACACCCUGAAGAAGAUCUGGAAACUGUUGAGCGUAUGGCUUUAGAAACCUUGAUGUCUCGAGGACCCAAGUCGAGGGCUUUUUACAGAGUUGCGGCCACUCGUAAAAUGACCGGCGGGGGAGACUUCUCGCGGAAGAUAUCGGAGAGAGCUCAAAGUGAUCUUAGUGAGGUGAAAGCGGAAUUGCAACGCAGAGAGUCAGGUUCACCGUCGAUAGAACCAAAGGGUCCUAACGUUCGGUUUGAUCCAGAUCAUUAUACUGUAAUGGAAAACUGCGGAUCAUUUGAAGUGCGCGUUGUACGCGCAGGGGAUCUGAAUGGCGAAAUAUCUGUACAAUACACCACUGAAGAUGGCACUGCUGAGGCAGGAUCAGACUAUGUCGCGACACAGGGUGCUCUAUUCUUCAAACAGGGCGAGACAGAGAAAACGUUUACUGUCCAAGUGAUAGAUGAUGAUGUCUUUGAAGAAGACGAGCAUUUUUAUGUCCGUUUGAGUUCUCCAAAAGGGGCAUGCUUGGCGUCUCCGUCGACGGCUACUGUUGUGAUUUUAGAUGACGACCAUUCUGGCGUGUUCUCGUUUCCGCAAAGGGACUUUGAGUUGACGGAGUCAGUGGGGACGUAUGAUUUGCGUGUGGUGCGAACGGCGGGCGCUAGGGGUAAGGUGAGGGUGCCAUUUUGGACGGAGGAUGGGACUGCAAAGAGCGGUUUGCAGUACGAGGCGGCCCAGGGACAUAUUUUGUUCGAAAACAACGAAACUGAAAAAAUGAUUCCACUCCAUAUCAUCGAAGAGGACAGUUACGAGAAAGAUGUCCUGUUUUAUGUUAACCUUGGCGACCCGGAAUUGCUCGGAGAAGUGUUUGAGACAUAUCUACCGGAUGCAUCCGCGAGGCUUUCAGUACAAUUCUCGCCGGAUGACGACCAACCCGUGAACCCUGGUGGUAACGAAGUGACCCACCUGGCAACGCUUCCUGAAGAAGAGGCAGUGGUCGCCAUGAUGGGACUGCCCCGGGCUGGGGACAUCACUCGGGCUCAGCUGAGGGUCAAGGAAAGCAAGGAGUUUAAGAACACGGUGGACAAGUUAGUGCAACGGGCGAAUGCGUCCAUUAUUAUAGGUACUUCAUCAUGGAAAGAACAGUUCACGGAAGCCUUGACGGCGAGCUCAGGGUCGGACGAUCCUGACGAACCGCCAUCUUGGUCGGACUACGUGCUGCACGUGGUCACCCUCUUCUGGAAGAUCUUGUUUGCUCUAAUACCACCUACUGAUAUCGGCGGCGGCUAUGUCUGUUUCGUUGUCUCCAUCAUCUGCAUCGGACUUGUGACGGCAGUUAUUGGAGACGUGGCGUCCCACUUCGGAUGCACUCUGGGCAUCAAGGAUUCUGUCACUGCUAUCGUAUUCGUAGCCUUGGGAACUAGUAUACCAGACACAUUCGCAAGCAAAGUCGCGGCCUGCCAAGACAAGUAUGCUGACGCAUCAGUCGGCAAUGUGACGGGAUCCAACGCGGUCAACGUGUUCCUGGGCAUUGGAGUCGCGUGGACUGUGGCGGCCAUCGUCCAUUGGAGCAAGAACGAGAAGUUCCUUGUUGACCCUGGAAACCUGGCAUUCAGUGUCACGAUGUUUUGCUCUGAAGCGGCGUUGGCUGUCCUAGUGCUAGUGCUCAGGCGCCGCAAGUCUAUAGGGGGCGAGCUGGGUGGACCUCGUGUUGUAAAGAUAAUAACUUCCAUGUUUUUCUUCUCUCUUUGGCUUAUCUAUCUUACUAUGUCUAGUUUGGAAGCUUAUGACGUCAUACAAGGCUUCUAGAUCUUUGAAGAGUGAUUUUGGAAUCAAGUGCAAAUACUCUUUGGGAUCUUCAUUCUAAACUUUCCUAAAUAAUAAAAUUUUAGACACUAAAAUGAAUACUAAUGUAAAGUCUUAUUUCUGUGUCACGAGUAAAAAAGGACAAUGCACCGAAUUUUAUACGUCACACGUUCAGAUUUGAUUCCGUCGCUAUCAAAUACUUUGUGUAGUGUAGUGGGUUGCACCAGUCAACAUUGACGUUAACUUUAACCUGCGCGCAGCCGCCGUUAAGACAGCGUACGUUGCGUUUUGCAUUUUACUCCACCGGCCACUUUAACAACGACAAUUUAGACAGUGCAAAUUUUGAACUAGUUCAUUAUACGUUAUUACUCGUGUCUAAGAAAUAGACUAUAUUUAUAAUCUAUAACAUAAUGCAUGUGCUCAAAUGUACUACAGGUACACAUCAAUUCCCAUUUCCUCUCUUACUCUAUUGACUUUUAAAUCUUAUAAUAAUCGUUAAAGUAGCCUUGAAGGCUGUGGUUAAAGAUCUAAAUUAGAAAUUAGGCAGAUACGCAUAUUAAUAAUUAGUAGGGGGGGUGAAUUUCACGAGCGUUUUGAACGCCGCCGCGGGCUAUCACUAGUGUUUAUUAAAUUGUAUCAUACACAGUAAACAAUCAUCCUAUUUUAUAAAUAAAUAAAGUACUGGUACAAUGUUAAUUUUAUAAAUGUUUAAUUUGAAAAAAAAAGAUUCUUUAUUAAAAAAAAAAGAUUCUUUAUUAAAAAAAAAGUGCGACACUAAUGAAACACUACACGCUGCGUUAAAUUCUUCGUCAGUCGUGAAAUUCACCCAGGGGGUAUUUUAGACAUGGUUUUAAAUGGAUCGUUCAUUUUUAUGGUGUUUAAAAAGACCAUUUUAAAUUUAAAAACGCAUUUUUUAUAAAAGCAUGUUCUUGGUCUUGUUUUCACGAUUUUAAUGACUGUCCAUUUAGACACAGAUUUUAUGUAAUCAAUAAUGGAGAAAAAUACUUGAGCAAGUUUUAAAGAUAGCAUUUUAGCAAUUUAUAAUAAAGUUUAGUAAAAUCGACUUUAUGCAUAAAGUCACUGAAAAAUUUAUAAUUAAUCAAGAUCAUCUGCUAUUUUAAUGUCCCCCAUUAGGGGCUGACCUUCUUUAUGGAUGGAAAAAGAAUACGGGCCAUGACCCACCAGGCUGGCCCAUUUCCAUAGUAGGCUUUAAAAGGCAUGCUUUUAUCAGCUAAAUGUGAAGUAGGUAUUUACAUUUAAGAUUACAAAAACGAAUGACAUACAAAUUAGAAGCUUCGCUCGUCGUAAUAUUUGUCGCAUCGUCGGAGAUGCGAUUAAUCGCAUAGCUAUGCGAUUUCGCUGUUUAUUUUUAACUGUAUUUAUAUUAGGUGUGGAGCGGAAGUUUUAGCGCCAAGCGUUAGUAUAAUCAGAUGUGACGAUUGAGUCAUGUUAAUUAUUUAGGCUAUUUUAAGAUGGACUUGAGGUCGGUACACAUUAAAACAUUGUUUCAUUUACAGUGUUAAAAUAUACUUUUUUAAAAAUUCAAUUUAUUCGGGAAUAUAUUUCUUUUAGGCAAUUUAGAAUUCAAAUAUCGUACUACAAGUAAAUGUUUGUUUUAAACUGUUUUUAAAAAGCGAAUUUGUAUAUUCCGUCGAUAUAAAUAUGCAUAAUAAUUUGCAGUUUCCAGUUUCUUUAUAAAAUCAUUAGGAAUGGUGUGUACAAGCCUCAAUGUGACAAAAUUUAGAUGUGAAAAUAUUUAUACCAAAUUUUUGAAAAAUGUUUUAGUAUUAGAUUUUAUUCAUGUGUGUUGUCGCUAGAAGUAGCAGUAAAUAACCUCAAUAAUAGGUUAACUUCAUUCACGGUGUUCAAUAAAUUACACGUAGAUUACUGUGAUUGUCUUGUUUGGUGAAGGCCGAUCGAGGGAAUUGGCGAGUAAGGGAUCGACUAGUGUGAAACUAUUUCCUAUUUUGUUGCAAUUUGACUUUUACGACAGAAUUUUGGCUAAAAACAUGGAAAUGACGCAAAUUUUAUGACAUUGUAUACAUUAACUUUAGCAGUUCACUAUCUUUAUUCUAAGGGUGAGUUGCACCGUCAAAUUUGACGUUGAUUGUAACCGGCGCGCCGCUGAC